ACCAUUUCUCUCUUCAAAGUUCAAAUCCCCCCCACGAGCAAAAUGAAGUUUGAAAAAUCAAACCCUUCUGAAACUUUGACCACCUCCUAUAAAGCAACAGACGAAAUUCAAUUCUUCUGUCUCUCUCGUGGUCAAGGUAAAUUUCUUAUAUAGUAAGUUCAACAUUCAUCAUUUCCCACUUCCAAAUUCUCACUCUACUCUCUCUCUAGAUUGCUUAACUUUUUUUCAACCCCCAAUCAACAAACAAGUUUGUUUUUUAGUUGACACGAGUGAAAUAGGUUUGUGUGUUUGGACUUUGAAUUGUUUGAAUCUUCUUUGUGUUUAGGAGUUCAAAUCCAAUUUCAAGCUCACGUUGCAUUAGUUGAUUGCCUAAAUUCAUAUAGUUUGACAUCGAAUUGCAAUUGGGUUGAAAUUUUUUUUUGGGCGUGAUCAAUUAAGAAAUAGGGUUUUAGCUGUUUGAAUUGGGUAUCUUAUAAUUUGCUUUUUGUUUGGGCUCUGACAGCUUUUUGAUUUCUUGGUUUAGGAAUUUUGGAUUGUUUACUCCAUUUGAUUACUCUCUUAGCAAUUCAUCCCAAUUAGGGUUUGGAAUCCUGAAGCUCACAACCCUUUUGCCUUCUGGACUUAUUUUAUUCGUUUACUGUGGUAUUGAUCCCAGUUAGGGUUUGAAUUCUGAAGCUAACAACCAUUUUGCCUUUUGGACUUAUUUUUCUUAUGUAUUGAGGUAUUAAUCCCAAUUAGGGUUUGAAUUCUGAAGCUCACAACCCUUUUGCCUUUGGACUUAUUUUUUUUUUUUAUUGAGGUAUUAAUCCCAAUUAGGGUUUGAAUUCUGAAGCUCACAACCCUUUUGCCUUUUGGACUUAAUUCAUUUUUUUAUUGUGGUAUUAAGAAUUCCUAAUCUAUCCAUUGUUGUUGACUGGGCUUUGGUGUGACCUGAGGAAUAAAGGGAGAGUUUAACUUGUCUGCGUUUGUGGGAAUUCAAUUUGUUUGACAAAGUUCUUGUAGUUUGAGGUAGUUUCUUUAAAGGGGAAUUCAAAUUGAUGGAUGGAUCUAAUGGUGGUUCUAAUGGGCCGGCUCCUUUUCUUACCAAGACUUAUGAGAUGGUGGAUGAUCGGGUGACGAACAGUGUCAUUUCUUGGAGUCAGAGUGGCCAAAGCUUCGUUGUGUGGAAUCCACCUGAAUUUGCUCGAAUUUUGCUCCCCAAGUAUUUCAAGCACAAUAAUUUCUCCAGCUUCAUUAGGCAACUGAACACAUAUGGUUUUAGAAAGAUUGAUCCUGAUCAAUGGGAGUUUGCGAACGAAGAAUUUCUGAGAGGACAAGAACAUCUUUUAAAGCAUAUUCAUCGACGCAAGCCAAUCCAUAGCCAUUCUCAUCAGAAUCAAGGGUCUUCAGUUCCAUUAACUGAUUCGGAAAGACAGGCGUUCGAAGAAGAGAUUCAAAGGUUGAAACAUGAAAAUAAUUUGCUCCAGUUGGAUCUACAGAGGCGUGCACGUGAGAAGCAGGAAUUUGAACUUCAAGUACGGUCAUUGGGAGAGCGAUUGUUGACCAUGGACCAUCGACAGAGGAAAACGAUUGCUUUCUUGACCCAAGAACUGCAGAAACCCAGGUUUACCGCCCCUUACAUGCACCAGUCAGGAAGUCCUAACAAAAAGAGAAGGUUGUUGAUAUCAAAUUGCUUAUAUGAUGAAGCUAAUAUGGGAGAGAUGAAGAACACGAAUAUCCAAAAGCAACAACUAGAUGCUACGUCAGUUCUAGCACUAAAUUUUGAUCUAGUUGAGAAGUUGGAAUCAUCCUUGAGUAUUUGGGAAAAUUAUCUACACGGGGUUGAUCAAAUUUCGAGUGAAGAAAUUUGUGACUUUGGUGUGCUCCCCCAACCUUCACCUGUCAUUAUUACAGAAACCCAUGCAUUGUCUAGAAACUCUGAUGUGAAUAUCCAACAAUUCCCAACUGCAUUACCCCAUUCAUCAUCUGAUUCAACCGAUUUUUGUUCAUCCCCGGAGUUGGCUGGCUCUUCCAGUCACGUAGGCAGCCCUGCCAUCUCAUCUUCAGGAAUUGAUGUAAAUUCAAAGUCUGCUGACAUUUUCGAUGUUGAUGCUCUGAAAGAAAGGGUAGAUGGUAUAACAACACGAGUUAUGCCUACUGCGGCGAAUGAUGUCUUCUGGGAACAGUUUCUGAGAGAGACUCCUGGCUCCGCUGAAAUGCAGGAUGUUCAUUCAGAAAGGAGAGACGAUGAUGACAGAAAAAGUGAGGGUAAGGUAGAUCAUCAUAGAUAUUGGUGGAACAUGAAUAAUGUGGAUAACCCUGCAAAACCUAGAUCAUCAUAGAUGUUGGGGGAACAGGAAUAAUGUAGAUAAACUUACAGAACCGAUGAGGCAUUUCACUCCAGCUGAAAGGACUUGAUGUUGGCUGAUUAUUUCUUUCCACAUUAACAUCUUAAUUGCUGGUUUUCCAAUAGCAUAACCAAGAGGUAUGAGUGCGUAGAUUACUUUAGGAAUUUGACCUUUAGAUUUCAUAACAUAGAUUUCGUCUUUAAUGUAAACUUUAGAUGCAUGCUUUUCAGAUUUUGAUACUGUAAAUGUUUACCUGUGUUUAUUGCUUUUGAUACUUGCAUGUCACUUUGCCAUAACUAUAGAUUUUGUGCAUUUAUUCAUUUGUUUUCCUUGUC